CUGAAAUUUCCUGAAGCUGACCUGAAUCUAGGAUCCACAGGAAUCCAAGAUGGGGGAGUUGUCUCUCAAGUGUAAAGUCUCCAUCCUAAUUUCUUGGGCUUUGGUGUUGACGUGCAGCGCUGCAAAACAAGACUACUUCUUUCACUCGGGAAAUCUCACCUGGGAGCAGGCCAGGAACCACUGCCAGGUCUGUUACCAAGAUCUGGCGACACUGACUCCUGAAAACAUCCAAACCAUCGCCAAGGAACAAAACAUCACCUCUGACUGCUGGAUCGGCCUCCGCAAGAACUUUGACUACAACUCCACCAGCAACUCCAGUAUGCCCUGGUCCCGCUGGGCCAACGGGGAUCCCCUCCUCUUCCAGAACUGGUACCCCGGUUGGCCCGUGUUCAGAUCCUCCUUACCAAAAAGAUACUGCUGCACCUGCCAAGGAACAUCCCAGGAUGCGACAAGCUUGACUGGACUCGCAGAAGAAACAACUGAAAACACAACAAACAUGAGCAACUUCACAGAUCAAACUGUGACAGACUCUACUGGAUUGGGGGAAUCCAUCCAAACUGUGACAGACUCUACUGGAUUUGGGGAAUCCAUCCAAACUGUGACAGACUCUACUGGAUUUGGGGAAUCCACCAGCCAAAACAUUACGCCCAUCACAGCUGCGCCCACGAUGACCACACAGCCGCCAGCAGAGGCAGGAUGUGUGCCGAUUCUGGAUCUCUCUGAGAGCGAUACAAACUUCAUCGAAGACUCUUGUGUGGCCAUGCUCAGCUUCGGGGCUUGGGUUGAAAAGAACUGCUGGGAGCUUCUGUCUUAUAUAUGUUAUGAAGAUCGUUUCUGUGGUGAAGUCACCAUGACUGACAGGACUUCCGACAGCGCCGUUCUCACAUGGGAACCCGGGCCUGGUGACAUCAGCCAUUACCGCGUAGAGGUCAGAGUGAACAAAACCCUCAAAACAGAAAUCCAGACUAAAAAUUUGACCUAUAAACCCGUCAACUUGACAGGAGGCACUGGCUACUCAGUCCAGGUGUUCCCUGUGAAGUGUGGGAGAGACCUCAACCCGCAGGAGCUCCUCUUCUACACCACACCAGACAAAGUCUCAAACCUCACGGCCACCAUUGUGACAGAAACCUCUGUCCACCUGAGCUGGAACAGACCAGCUGGAAACGUGGAUUUCUAUCUUAUUAAAGUCCAGGAUACUGAUUGGAACAAAAGUAAAACAGAGAGCCAAGGAGUCGACAAGUUGACACCUGGAACUUGUUACACAUUCACCGUCAUCUCAGGAGUCCUGGACGGAUCCACAUGGAGCGAAGAAACCAGCAUCGAAUUAUACACCAAGCCUGGGAAAGUGUCCAACCUGACAGUGUCAAAUAAUACCAUGAACUCACUGCAACUAAAAUGGGUGCCACCUGAGGGAAGAGUCACGGGUUACAGAGUGGUGGCUUUGAAUGACAGAAAUCACAUAUUGUAUAGUGAAACUGAGGAAACACCGGAAAAGAAGGUAACAGGGCUGCCGAUGGGCACCAAGAUAACCCUCAGGGUAUCCGCACUGACCAAUGGCACGAGUCGGGAGGGAGACACCACGACUGUCGUCAACUACACUGCUCCUGGACCAAUUUCAAACCUGGUUUUGAACUCAACAUAUAACUCCCUCACUGCCAAGUGGAGUCCAUCUGAAGGUAACCUUUCAUCAUACACUGUCAAGCUCCAGCUGGAUGGCACACUUGUAACUACAGCGAACAAUGUAACAAAAUUGAUGAAGCACUUUGACGGACUGAUGAAUGCAGCCAAUUACACCGUGAUCGUCUACGCCAUUAGUGGACAUAUCAAAAGCUCACCAGUGGCAGAUUCCACAUUCACCAAGCCUUCACCACCUACUGAUCUUAUAGUCAUUAACACCUCGAAAAACCAGAUCACCUUCCAGUGGAAGGCCCCUGUCAACAUAUCAAAAGCCACGUACUCUGUCAAAAUAAACUCCAGCUUCUGGAAAUACAGCAAGGUCGAGACUUUGUACAACAAGACUUCCUACACUUCUGAAGGCUUAAUAUCAGGGACCAAGUACGACUUUGAAGUAAGAACAAUUACAACACCUGAAGAGAGUAGUGACCCAGUGACUGUGUCAAACUGUACAGAGCCGGACAAAAGGGAAAUCGGUCUGUCUAUGUUGUGCUCUUCGGCUGAGAUUCUCCUCUGUGACACCACCACCACAAGGAAAAGCGUGUUUGAGCAGUUGAAAGCACAUUUCAACAACCAGUUGGGGGACAACAUUUUCUGGGAACUCGAGGAGAACUGAAAACUGAAGUUAAUCUGUUGUGGUGAAGGUAUAUUAGACAGAGAUAUUUUCUGUACUCAGUUUACUGUUUUUUGCUCAGCUCUGCUCCUGAGGAAAUCACAUAUUAAUCCACAGUGUGUCACAUUUAGUCAAAAGAAACAAGACAUUAUAAGUUUGUCUUGUGUGAUAGGUACGAUUGUAAAAAUGUGUGUUUGCUCUAUUUAGAAUUUGUUAGAAAUACGAUACAAUAACACAAAUCUAUUUUAUGCUUUUGUUGCUUUCCUCUUAUUUGUAUUUUGUUAUAUUUCUUUUUCUGGAUGUUGUUUUGUGUGUGUGGCCCUUUUUCACCAGGAAAUAAAAAAGAUAAACAUUAAAUCAACAUCUGUGGUAAAAAAAAAAAAAUUCUCACAAGGUCAAAAUUAUAAAUUAGUGACUCAAAGUAAGAACAAAUUAUGAGCAACAGACAAAAUCAUGAAAAUGUUCACUUACUAGGUUAAAUCAUGAGAAUUUUCAUUUUCACGUUUAACUCCUUAUCCAUUGUUUUUCAUGGCAGAAUUGGACUUCUUAAUAUGUGUCUGAUGUUGUUACCCCCUAAAUAAAUAAAAACUUUUUUGUUAUCUAGCAUUUUUGAGAGAUGAUUUCUUACGUGAAUAUUGAUCUUAUUUAUCAUGGUCCAGUGCACAAUAAAGUUUUCAAGCUGACCACAUCACAGCGACCUUUGUUAAAGUCUGAUUUGAAGAGAUGGUACGAUACUAUGCAACGCAGUCUACAGAAAAUACUUGGAUGCAACCUCUUAAGAAUGCAUUACGUGGUGGUGGGAACAAAAUGUCUUAACAUUACGUGCUGGCAAAAUGAAAACAGCGCCGAACGGUCUUAGUUUGGUUAACUUCAGGGAAAGAGAAACACUUACUUAGAUUUAGAGAACAAAAAUACUCAGUUAAGAUUCGGACACAAUUGUAGUUUCAGAUAAAACAUCUACGCAGGGGAUGUACAGCAAGAGACAAACGUGCAUACUUUGCACAGUUAUGUAAAGUCCUGCAACCAAGUUGACUUUUGGUUUCAUACGGGACACAAACGGCAGUCUUCCAGUUGACAGUCCAGGUUUGUUUGACCCUUGCGUCUGCCUCUCUCGCUCUUUAUACUUAAAUUGUGUGUCCACCGUGACAAAAGAUCCACACUACCUUUGCAUUGGAAUUGUCUUCAUGUUGCCAGCAUGUAAGUUUAACACAUU